GUCUCAACUCAUCUGAACCACCUGGACUUUCCCAAUAGUUCAUCAAUAAAUUCAUUCUCUGACCAUCAGACCCUGUCAUCAGUGCCACCUGAAUAUCAACAGAGCAAACUGCAAAGUGACCACAACUUCCAACUCAACUCAUGUGACCAACAAAAUCAUCAAACAUAUGCAUUUAGCCAAAACAAAUUUGUAACAUGCGGUCAAGUCAUACAGAGCACAUCAACAUCCCAUCAGGCAGGCCUGUCAGGUGCUGAAAUGCCACCUACUUGCAGUUCAGAAUCCUUACCAUUUGAUGCCUUGGCUGGCUCACCAGUCAAAGACAACAGUGCGCUUUCAUUCUGUACAUCUGCCUCUGAGACCCCCGUGAUCUCUGACCACCUCUCAACCUGGUUGUGCCCAUCAGGCACGUUGAACUCCAGUGCUUCAUCAUCAGGACUUUCUCCUGGAGCGCCACACCCUCAUCCUACGACAU